AUGGCAGAAGGGGACACACUGAUAUCAGUGGAUUAUGAGGUUUUUGGGAAGGUGCAAGGGGUGUUUUUCCGCAAGUACACUCAGGCUGAGAGUAAAAGGCUGGGAUUAGUAGGCUGGGUCAAGAACACAGACCAGGGCACAGUGCAAGGACAACUGCAAGGUCCCAUCUCUAAAGUGCGUCGUAUGCAGGAAUGGCUUGAGAUAGAAGGAAGUCCCAAAUCACACAUCGACAGAGUAAACUUCCAUAAUGAGAAAGUCAUCUUAAAGUUGGAUUACUCAGAUUUCCAAAUUAUAAAAUAA